GCCAAAGCGAUUAUUGUUUUUUCAUACGUAACUCUUCUGUACUUACUUAGUUCUGCAAAAGCCAUUCAAUACGUGAGUUAUAUUACAAUGUACCUACUCGGAACGAAGACUUACGUAAAAAUACAAAAUUUCAUACUCAAACACAAAAUAGUUUUAGUUCCAUGUUUAUGUGUUUCGGCUAUGCUAGUGAUUCUCUUAUCCUCGAACACGAAAAAAUCCCAAUCUGACCCCACACAACUCACACAAAAUCCAGUUGAACCAUUGGCUUACACAUGCUGCACACCGUUGAACAAUUCACUUCGUACGAAUGUAUACUUCCUCAAAACUCACAAAACAGGAAGCACGACAGUCGAAAACCUCAUACUGCGAUUCGCCUUGAUGAAUUCGCUCGAUGUAAUGAACAUUAUUUACACCACUUACUACCUGCCAUUUUCAGAUCGGUCGAUAUAUUCCCAUACGAGGCCACCAAAUGACAAAUACCACAUAUUGGCACAUCACGUAAGAUACGAUUCCAAGUUGAAAUCAUAUCAGUAUCCGGAUACAUCAACGGUGACAAUUUUGCGACACCCGGUAGCUCAUUUUAAAUCGAAAUAUGAUUUUUUUCAAUUGAAUCUACUAACAGGGAUGAGCUUGAAACAAUUUUUGAACGCUCCUGUAAAACCGCCAUUAUUGGUCGGAGUUGACAGUUUCAUGGCUUACAGAGGAUAUAAUCAAAUGAGUGUAGAUUUAGGGUUUGAUGUGAAUCAGAGUAGAAAUCAAACCGCAAUCGCCGAAUUUAUCGAAAAAAUAGAUCGAGAAUUUGAUUUAGUAAUGAUAAUGGAGUUUAUGGAAGCGUCCAUCAUUUUACUCGCUAAUUUAAUGGGAUGGCCUAUAGAGACUGUGGCUCAUUUGAAAUUAAAUGCAAGGCUACCUGAUUCCAAUUCCAAUAAUUCCAAUUUAACUUUACGUGAAGAAUUCACCAUUAUGGAUCUAAACGAAGUUGAUACUCAGCUAUAUCACCAUUUUAGGAAUAAAUUUUUGAAAUGUGUGCGACAAUAUGGCCCGCAAAAGAUGAAUGAUCAAAUCCAACGAUUGAAAACCAUCAACGAACGAUUCUAUCAUAGAUGUGUAAGCGAUGAUGUGAAAUAUUACACGUGGUAUGGUUUCCUAAAAACAAUCGAAUACACGCCAAAAAAUCAAUCAGACUUGGAAUGUGUUUAUGCAACUACUAAUCCGAUCAUAUUGGAAGAUAUUGUCAGAAAUGAGCAAUUUGAUAGACUUCAGCGUCAAAGAAAAAUAUGAAAAAAGGCAAAAUUCAAUACCUACUGUCAACAGUUUGUACAAUGGUUCCUCAAAGUAUGUACCAAAGCUUGCUAAAAGCGAAGUAACUGAAAGAAAUAGGAUCAGAAGGGCUACGCCCCGCGCCCCUCUCAUGUUUGAAAAUUUGACAUAAUGAAAUUCCAUUUCCAGGUGGCGAAUUGGGAGUGGUUUUAUGUGUGAACGUACAAUUUCAUCAUACGUAUUUUGCCAAUUUUCACUGGUUUAAAAUCUUUAUUUUGUGUUUUUUUUGUCAUUUUAACAUGUUUGAGCGAUUUUUCAUCCAAUUUUUGUCGGAUUUUAGUGAUUCAUUCGGUGCAUAAUGGUGAUUGGCACUACACAGGGGUCACAAUGUUCUAGUUGCUUGUUUUUGAAAAGCGGAGAAUUAAUCUUAUUGGGAUGGCGAAUGCCAUCGUAAUCUCGA